AUGAAUCAAAAGCAAAGUAUCUCUUACGUUAUUUCUAGCCAAAGCAGUAGUCAACAACGAAGUUAUAGGACCAGGUUGACUGCGGUGCUAGAUUGUACUAGACUCCUCUUGAUGCAAGGAUUGUCAUUUCGUAGUCAUGAUGAAUCGGAAGAGUCUCUUAAUAGAGGAAAUCUGAUUAAGGUAUUGAACUGGUACGCAGCUCGUUGUAAGGAAAUUAAAGAAGUAUUAUUUAGUAAUGCUUCUGGAAAUGACCAAAUGACUUCACCAACCAUCCAAAAGGAUUUGAUUAAUUGUUGUGCUGUAGAGACGACAAGGGCUAUUAUCAAUGAGAUUGGUGAUUCUUUGUUUUCAAUUUUAGUUGAUGAGGCUCGCGAUAAUUCUAUGAAAGAACAAAUGACAGUUGUUUUAAGGUUUGUUGAUAAAAGUGGGCGAGUGAAGGAGCGUUUUUUGGGUAUAUCCCAUGUCACUGAUACUUGUGCCCAAUCACUGAAGGAUGCCAUUGAUGCAAUGUUUUCUACACAUGGGUUGAGUAUAUCUAGUCUAAGAGGUCAAAGCUAUGAUGGAGCAAGUAAUAUGUCAGGUGAGUUCAAUGAGUUGAAAGCUUUAAUUCUUAGAGAGAACCCGCAUGCUAUGUAUGUUCAUUGCUUCGCUCACCAGCUUCAGUUAGCAAUUGUAUCUGUGGCACGUAGGAAUUGUAUGGUUGGUAAUUUUUGGGACGUACUUGUUAUUAUUGUGAGUUUGGUUGGUGCAUCAUGUAAGCGUAACUUGAGAGAGAAUGGUUGGGAUACUUUAUUCAGUAGGGUGAUUGAGUUUUGUGUUGAUAGACAUAUUUUAGUGCCUAAUAUGGAGGAUAUUGUAGUGGUGAAAGGUCGACCUAGGCGUGUAGCUCAACAGGUGACUUAUUUUCAUCGCUUUUAUGUUGAUUUGUAUUGUCAUGUGAUAGACUCAAUCUUGCAAGAGUUGAAUGAUCGAUUUCCAGAAACAACUACUGAGCUCUUUACUUGCAUUUCAUGUUUAAGUCCAAGAGAUUCAUUUGCAGCUUUUGAUAAGGAUAAAUUGCUACGUUUUGCUCAGUUCUAUCCUUUGGACUUCAAUAGUGAAGAACUUUUAUUACUUAGACCUCAGCUUGAUAAGUUUCUUUUGCUUGUGAGAAUGGACGAAGCUUUCUUUAAUCUCAAUAGUAUAUCCUGUGUAGCUCAGAAGUUGAUUGAAACUAGAAGUUCCUGUUAUUUUUCAUUGGUUUAUAGGUUGCUCACCUUGGCUUUGAUAUUACCUGUGGCAACUGCAAGUAUUGAAAGGGUAUUUUCUGCUAUGAAUCUAAUCAAGAGUGAUUUGCGCAACAAAAUGGGUGAUAUCUGGUUGAAUGACAAUUUGGUGGUUUACGUGGAGAAAGCUGUUUUUAAACAAAUUGAGAAUGAGGUAAUAUUGCAACAUUUUCAAAUUAUGAGACCCCGUAGAAUACAGUUGUCUAAGUUUACAGUUACAGAGUAA